UGUAUAUGCAGUCCAUCACCAAACUGCUACUCUUCUUUUUAAUAACUAUAACCGUGCAAUAAACAAGUGAUAUCACGAUGUUUGGGACAUUUCUGGUUGUCUUUGCUCUUGUCGGACCAUGGGGCGCCCACGGCCUUUCGGCUGUAGUCGUCGAACCCGUACGCGACCAGGGAGUGGAGGCGGCACUGAUCGUGAUCCCGGGGGCAGAGAUCCGUGGAGAGGCCUACCUACCUCUCGCUGAGAGCAUCCAGCGUGAGUCGAUGCUCAAGCUAUGGGUUGCAUUGACCACGGAUUACAUCGGAGACACACCCUUCCCACCACAGCUAACCCGAGCAAUAAAUAUUGCUUUAGACGAUCUUGUAUCCACUGGUAUGCCUGAAAAUACACCGAUUUUCUUUGCUGGUCAUUCUCUUGGUGGAACAUUUCUACAGAGCUACGUCAGCAGAAGUCCGUCUGUGACUAAAGGCGUAAUGUUAUGGGCGUCAUACCUAACGGGUCGUUUGGAUGACCUUGCUGCCUACCCCACCCCCAUCAUGCACCUGAGUGGGGAUCUAGAUGGCCAGGUCAAGAUCACAAGAAUAGCAAAACCAUUCAGGGAUUUAGAGGCUUUGCAACUGAAGGACGAAACAGCCCUUGCUACUAAACCAGUCGUUGUCGUAGAGGGGGUGAAUCACUUCCAGUUUGCGUCAGGUGACCCACCCCCAGCUGUUGUCCGAGGAGACAUUUCUCCCGAUGCUACCGCUACCGAAGCCUGGACUCUGCUGGCUCGGGUGAUGAGAGACUUUAUGUCAUAUAAUCUUGAUGUGGAUAAAGAAACGACGUUUACCAACUUGGCAGCACGCCAUUAUGAAACUCAAUUGAAAAUGGCGCCACUUACGGCAGCCAAGGACUUGGAGUGGAACGGCACCGCUUCAACCUGGAUCUCAGAUGCACAGGAGCUUGUUGCUGCCUUCCCAGCUGACCUCGCGACCCCAGUGACCAUCUACAACAUCGGGUACACCGACCAACGCCAAUUCGAAGAAUCCAAGCCCGCUGUGGUCAAGGACUCCGAUGGCAUGGUCAUCAUAGCAACCAGGUCAAAAGCCGAGUUUCCACGCAACCCUGUCGACAUCUCCUCCCUCAUGGACUCGGCCAAUGAGAUCGCUGGGAAGUUUAAGAACCAGGAGGCAAUUAAAAGGAUCGUCAAGGAAGAUGGAUAUGGUGAUAGCGCCACCUGUCGGGUUAUCAAUGAAGAAGCAUACCAAUAUGCGUAUAAUGCAGCGCCUGAAAGAGUUCAAUCGCGAUACGAUUCAAGAGGAAAACAAAUGGUUUUCAGGGAUGAUGUGAACACAUCUACUGGCUCACAAUGGGUUAGUUCACACGUGGAGUACGAGACGCAAAGCGAUGGAUCCCUUGAGGUGACUUCUGGUGCACUGUACACGAACGUGACGUUCCCCGUAGCCAGCCUCGCGGGGAUGUACUACUGUAAGCUCAUGUCCCCUUAUAGAGCCCUGGAGUGGAUGUAUGUCGAUUCGCUGCGUCCCGUAACGACAGAUUGAAAUAAUCUCUAAGCCAGUUCAUUUUUUAACACGAUUGCAAAAACUUUCGAGAAAUCAACUCAAGGGCGAUUUCAAUUACUAUAUUGUAUAUCUCCUAGAGAUCAUGUCUGGAUUACGCAAUAUGUAAUUGUAAUGCGAGCGGACAAAGCCAUUGCAAUUGCGUAAGUUGAUUCUUACGAAGGUCUUUGCGCUCAUGUUCUUCGUUCUCGUUCCCUAUGUUUUUCCCUCUUUUCCUUCCUUCCUUUCUGGAAUUAUUCCUUUAUUUACAUAAUUUACGACCAUAUCGUUGAAUUGAUUAGGAUUCAAUGCACAAAAAUCAUUUAUAGAUUACCUCAAACCUAAACCGCAACCAUCUCACAUUCCCUUUUUAUUGUUUUUUUUCUCUUUUUGUCAACAGUCUUCCUUUCAAAAAUUAAUCCAUCAAAAUUUCUUUAAAGGGAUGUAAGCUUUCCUUUAUGAAUACUUGGAGUAACAUUGAGAGACUCAAGGCCUACCCUAAUUUUGCCUAUAUUUUGUUUGUUCUAUCACCUAAUCCUGUCUUUUAUGUAGUCAGAAGAGUUGGCCAUGAUUAGGUUCAACCCCUUUCUCUUUCUUUCUCCCUCUCCCUUAACCCCCUCUCUCUAUCUCUCUUUGCCUCUACUCCCUCUCUUUCUCUUUCUUAGUCAGCUUUUAUCCUACACCUAAUAUUGAGUUCCUGGAUCAGAAUUAGAGACAAAUAUUGUUGAGGUUCUUUUUCUUUUAAGUAAAGCUUGCUUUCACAAAAUGUAGGAGCUCAUUUAUGAAAUAGAAAUUAAACAUUUUCUCGUGCUAGUAUCCUGUUUCUUUACCUUCACGAAUCUUCCUUUUCCAUGCACCUUAACUUCCCCUUUUCUUUAUUCUGGCAUCGUUGAAUAAAUCGUGAUAAAGUGUUGAAUUUCAAAAUGAGUGCUAGUUUUGUUUGUU